AUGGCAGUGGUCGAGCUCAUCUUUUCUUGGUGGGCUAUCCCCGCGGUCGUUGGCGUCUUGAUAGCCUCCUACCUCUACGCCUACGCCACUACGAACAGGGAGCUUAGCGACAUUCCCGCGCCAUGGCCAGCGCAGUUCUCGAAUCUCUGGUUGAUGAGUGUUGUCCGGCGUGGUAAUCGGUACAAGGUCAUGGAUGAGCUGCAUCAGAAACUGGGACCUCUCGUCCGAAUCCAGCCCAACCAUGUUAGCGUUGCAGACGAGACCGCAAUUGCCAGCAUCUAUGGCCACGGCAACGGUUUCUUGAAAGCCGAGUUCUAUGAUGCCUUUGUGUCGAUCCGUCGCGGUCUGUUUAACACGCGCGACAGGGCAGAACACUCGCGCAAGAGGAAGCUUGUGUCGCACACCUUUUCCCCCAAGUCCGUGGGCCAAUUUGAGCCGUACAUCAAAGCGUGCCUCGAACUAUUCGUCCAGCAGUUUGAUAAAUUGAUUGAUGAGAGCAGCCACCGCGACGAAACCGGUGCAAAGGAAGCCCAUAUUGACUGUCUCCCUUGGUUCAACUACCUUGCCUUCGACAUCAUUGGCGACCUGGCUUUCGGCGCCCCAUUCGGCAUGCUAGCCACUGGUGUUGACUUGACGGAAGUCAGGGAGUCACCAACAAGUCCUCCCAUCUACGCCUCUGCUAUUGAGAUCCUAAACCGGCGCGGCGAAGUCAGCGCCACCUUGGGCUGCUUCCCGCAGCUCAAGCCCUACGCUCGCUGGCUGCCUGACCCAUUCUUUAGCAAUGGCCUGGCAGCAGUACAAAAUCUGGCCGGCAUUGCCAUUGCCAGAGUCAAGAGCCGCAUCGACAAUCCGCCAGACAUUGAGCGCAAAGAUCUCCUUGCCCGUCUUCAAGAGGGAAGAGACGAAAAGGGCGAGCCACUUGGCCGCGAGGAACUCACUGCCGAGGCGCUCACACAACUUAUCGCAGGCAGCGACACGACUUCAAACUCGUCAUGCGCCCUACUCAAUUAUCUCUGCCGCAACCCUCGUGUCUUUGCCAAGCUCCAGGCAGAGAUAGACGAGGCUAUUCCUGACAACAUGUGCGUUCCGUCCCAUGACAUGGUCAAGGACUUGCCGUACCUCAACAACGUACUCAACGAGACUCUGCGUCAUCAUUCCACCUCUGGAAUUGGUCUUCCGCGCCAGAUACCACCCGGCUCGCCUGGCGUCACCAUCCUUGGGCACUUUUUCCCCGCGGGAACUGUCUUGAGCGUGCCAACUUAUACGAUGCACCACUCGAAAGACAUUUGGGGCCCAGAUGCGGAAGAGUUCCGCCCCGAGCGCUGGGAGGACUUGACACAAAGACAGAAGACUGCCUUUAUCCCAUUUAGCCACGGACCGCGAGCCUGUGUUGGUAGGAACGUCGCUGAGAUGGAGAUGAAGCUCAUUGCUGCGACAUGGGUCAGACGCUACUCUGCAAAGGUACGACAAGGGCCGAUGGAGACAAGAGAGGGCUUCCUGAGAAAGCCGCUGGGACUGGACAUUGCUUUGGGUCGACGAUAA